GUACAAGCAUGGAUAACAUUGAUGCAAGAAAGUACUUCAAGACGGGAAACAGGAAAUCUUAAUAAGGAUGUCGUGAAGACAUUGUGAUGAGAACUGAAUCCUAAGAAGAAGAUUUAAAAGAUCUUGAAUGCUAACUUCAAAAGAAAAUGUGCCUGAAUGAAAAUGAAUGUUUUUUCAUUGAAGAAAUCCUUUACACGGAUCCAUAUGAACCAGAAGCUUUACUUGAUGAGAAUAUCUGUAUUAAUCAAGAUGUCACUUUCAACCCUCAAUUUUAUUUAAACAAUGAGAAUUCAAUUAUAGGAUGA